UAUCGCUGUUUUUUUUUUUUGCAUCGUUUUAAAGGCGGAGAAUAUCGAGAGCCCCACAACACGCAAGUCUGUUGAUCCGGAUGAACGAACUGUUGAAAAAUUCAAACUCGCAACAGAUUUUGCUCGCGGACAACUUCUCUGGAGCUGAGUGUUUUCCGCAGAUUUGAGGGCCCUUCAGGUGUGUCAAGUCCACUUGAGGGAGCCAGCAGAAGCUAUGGCUUACUCUCUCUCGCUCAGUCUGCUCUACCUGGGCUCGCUGUGUGGAAACGGGCUGGUGUCCGCAAGAGGAUCCGAGCUGUUCACUGCAGAUCCAAGCAGAGGACCUCAUUUUACGGGCUGCCGCUCCAGAGAGCAGGAGACCUUCCGUUGUUGGUGGAGCGCUGGGACCUUCCAGAACCUCACCGAGCCUGGAGCCCUCAGGGUCUUCUACCAGACUAAAAAUGCCCUUUCUGAGUGGCAGGAGUGUCCAGACUACACGCGUACUGUGGAAAACGAGUGUUACUUCAACAAGUCCUACACACACAUCUGGACCUCGUACUGCAUCCAGCUGCGCUCAGUUCCUCAGAACAUAACCUAUGAUGAGGCCUGCUUUACACUGGAGAACAUAGUGCAUCCUGACCCACCAAUUGGGCUGAACUGGACUCUACUGAAUGUGAGUCGCUCAGGGUUGCACUUUGACGUCCUUGUGCGCUGGGCUCCCCCUCCAUCAGCAGAUGUGCAAAUGGGCUGGAUGAGCCUGGUGUACCAGCUUCAUUACCGGGUCAGGAAUGCCUCCCACUGGGAGAUGCUGGACCUGGAGAGUGGCACACAGCAGUCAAUCUACGGUUUGCAUACUGACAAAGAGUAUGAAGUCCGGGUGCGCUGCAAGAUGCCAGCCUUUGACAACUUUGGUGAAUUCAGUAACAGCAUCAUUGUGCAUGUGGCACGGAUACCAAGCAAAGAAUCAACGUUCCCGACGACGUUGGUGUUCAUUUUUGGAGUGAUCGGAGUGGUGAUUCUUCUUGUCCUCCUCAUCUUCUCUCAGCAGCAGAGGUUGAUGGUGAUAUUUUUACCACCUAUUCCUGCACCUAAAAUUAAAGGCAUCGACCCAGAGCUGCUGAAGAAUGGAAAGCUUGGCCAGCUCAAUUCUUUGCUGAGCAGUCAGGAUAUGUACAAGCCAGACUUCUACCAUGAGGAUCCAUGGGUGGAGUUCAUCCAGCUGGACCUUGAUGACCCUGCAGAGAAGAAUGAGAGUUCUGAUACACAACAUCUGCUGGGCUUGAAGAGCUCAGGCUCUUCUCACUUCCUUAAUUUCAAAAGCGACAACGAUUCAGGUCGUGCUAGCUGCUACGACCCAGAAAUCCCAAAUCCCGAGGACUUGGCUUCCCUUCUGCCUGGCCAUUCUGGACGAGGAGAUAACCACCCUCUGGUUUCCAGAAGCAGCUCAUCCAUCCCUGAUCUUGGCGUCCAGCAGACAUCAGAAGUGGAGGAGACACCCAUUCAAACGCAACCCGCUGUGCCCAGCUGGGUAAACAUGGACUUUUAUGCCCAAGUAAGUGAUUUCACACCAGCAGGAGGAGUGGUGCUUUCACCUGGACAACUGAACAGCUCUCCGGAGAAAAAGAAGGAAGAAGAGAAUGAGAAGAAUAUACAAUUCCAGUUGCUUUCCGAUGGAGCCUACACCUCAGAGAACACAGCCAGGCUGCUUUCUGCCGACGUGCCACCCAGCCCUGGUCCUGACCAGGGGUACCAAGCAUUCCCAACCCAAGCCGUUGAGUGGAACCCCUGGAAUGGCGAGUACCUAGUGUCCGCCAGUGAUUCCCAGACACCGUGCCUGGUUCCUGAAGCUCCUCCAGCCCCCAUACUGCCACCAGUAUCAGACUAUACUGUAGUGCAGGAAGUGGACGCCCAGCACAGCCUCCUCCUGAAUCCUCCUUCCUCACAGCCCGCGAUAUGCCCUCACAGCCCAAACAAACAUCUCCCUGCAAUGCCAACCAUGCCCAUGGGGUACCUCACCCCAGACCUUCUGGGAAACCUGACCCCAUGAAGGGACUAAAAAGCACAAAGUUCAUGGUCUUGUUGUACCUUCUCGCUGCUGGAAACCAAAGUUGCAUGAAUCGUGUGAC